AUGGGUCAGGGACACGAUUCCGGGGACAACGGCAUUCCAGCGGAGCUGCGAGAGCAGGACAGGUGGCUGCCUAUAAACAAUGUCGCGAGGCUGAUGAAGCACACGCUGCCCGUGUCCGCGAAGGUAUCCAAGGACGCGAAGGAGUGUAUGCAGGAGUGUGUCAGCGAGUUUAUCUCGUUCGUGACGAGCGAGGCGAGUGACCGAUGUGCGCAGGACAAGAGGAAGACGAUUAACGGGGAGGACAUCCUGAUAUCGCUGCAUUCGCUCGGGUUCGAGAACUACGCGGAGGUGCUGAAGAUAUACUUGGCCAAAUACAGACAGCAGCAGGCGAUACGGAAUGCCCAGGAGGCUGGGGAACUUCCUGUUGGCGCAGACGGCGCAUUGGAGGAAAACGCGCGGGAGGACGACCAUGAACAGCCUACAGGUACUGUGAGCAGGAUGGAAGAAGACACCGAGAACGGAACCGAUAAUAGCACCACUGAAGACAGGAAUGGUCCCAAGUGA